CCUUGGCAGCUGAUCGGCGCGUCUCGAAUCUGCACACCAGGUGAUUGUUGCCAGUUGAUCAUGGGAACGAUUGUGUCGCUCUGCUGGCGAAUUCUCUCCAGAUUUCCAUUCUCAAAAGAAAAACCAUCACUUACUCAGAAAGAACAACAGGAGAGCUACUCAAAACUGACGGAUGUCUUAAGGAACGGAUCCCGAUGCUGUGCUGAUGUGAAGUGUACAAGCUUGGCGCGGACAGCGAAGGAGCUUUUAUCGAAAAUGGAACAGAUUCAAACACAGCUGCAUAACGAGGUCGUGUUGUGGAAACUAAGGUACAUACGGGGUAUAUGCACGACAGAGAGUCGACAAAACUUCUACGAGCUUCUUGGAAAGUUUAACUCCUCUCACGAAAUGCUUGACGCGAUCAUUGAAAAUGAAAAGAAGUAUAUAGAAGCACUGGAACCGGAACAAAAAGGAGACUACGAAGGACACAAAAGCGAAACGAUAGAUGUGGAGCCCUCUGUAGUGUUAAUCGAAAAAUCAGGCACCGUAAAAAAUGCUUUGCGAAGAAGAAUUAAGUUCUUCACAAAAGUUCAUGAGCGCAACGUUAAAUUGCUAUUUCUUGUUGUAAACGAAGUAGCAGAGUGCAGGUCGAUGGUGGAUACUUCAUGUAUCAACGGACAAGAACUGUCAGAUAGCUUCGCGUCAGAAAUAACAGAAACUGGUAGAUUUUUGAGCGUGCUGGAGGAAUCUAAUGACGAAGAAUUAAUUGAAUCGUCGUUAAAAAGGCUUGGUUCCAACAGGCCUGGAUGCUCGAGUCACAGAAUAGGUCAAACGUAAAAUUUAUCAACGUGAAUUAGUCAGUACUUUGAACCAUAGUUAAUAGAUUAACUAUGUUUGAACGUCAUUUUAUAUUAUUGUAUUCCUCAAUUACUAAGUACGCUGUGAUUGGUCAAUUGAGCAGGCUGUGAUUUAAUUAAUCAAAGCAGCCAUUGUUGGCAAGAUUUCAACUUUGGCGGGCUGAUGAGUGUUCAAUCCCUUUCAUUGUCUUUAAAUAAUGCGUUGAAACGAACCAACUACUGAACAACUAUAUCGAACAGUGCCACUCCCGACUCCCUUGGGAGAUUUAGUUAGUCACAUGACACCUUUAAGCUUGAAUCGCCAUGUGCUUGGGUGAGCGAGUGUUUCCAGUUUUUAUGUAGGAGAGAGUUUGAGAGAAGUUAUUGUGCCUUUCUUUGGCUAAAGCGAACAGUUCGGUGAGUCGAUAUUUGGUUUUUGUUGUUCGGGGAGGUAUUUGGAACUUAAUUAAUGCCUUCUUUUGU